CUCAUGGAUAUUUGUUUUACUACAAACUAUUUUUGGGGCUUGCAUGCCCAUGUUGUCGGCCGGUUGUGGCCCAUGACUUACCGUUGAAUAUUUCCGCUAUUCAUUGGUUUAAUGUGAUGUUGUUAUGUAUGUUUACUACUGAGUAUGGAUGGAUUGUUUUCUCGAACGCCUCGUGUAAUUAAGUGAGGUUGACCCGUGGGUGACGUCACUUAGUUAUACGGCGGUUGUACACGCGCUUGGAUUGCGGUCUGGGGCGUGACAUAUAUCACCGAUGAAUCCAAAAGGAAAGCAUCGUACAAGAAAAGAAGGAAGGGAUUGUUAAAGAAGCUUGAAGAGCUAACAAUCCUGUGCAGUGUAGAGGCAUGCACAAUCAUGUACAACUCAUUGGAACCAGAGCCAGUGGUGUGGCCAUCGGCGGAAGGCGUGCAACAAACGGUUGCUAGGUUCAGAAGUCUUCCUGACGUGGAGCAAACUAGAAGGAGCACGAGCCAGGAGAACUUUGUUCAUGAGAGGAUUCAAAAGCUCAACACUACCAUAAUCAAGUUGAAGAAGGAGAACCGUGAGAAGGAAAUGACAAUGAUCAUGUACAAAAUCCUCGCCGGAGAGCAAAUUGAUAGGCCAUUGGAUGUCGCCGAUUUGAAUGACUUGGGUUGGGUCAUUAACUUGCACUUGGCAGAAAUUAAUAAUAGGAUUGCGACCUUAAAGAUGAAUAACACAAGUGAUGUCAAUGCCUCAACCUCGGUUGGAGCUGAUGUUCCAGAUGCAAUGGCAGCUUCAAGAAUGGUCAACUACAACCAAAUUCCUGAAAACGUGAUGGACAAUGUUGUCAUCUCGAAUCCCAUGCUUCCGGUGAACAGUAGUAUUGUUGAGCCGCUGCCUAGUGUGGUGGGGCGGGAUUGUGAGGGUUGGACUCACUAUAUGAACAUGAUGAAUAGGAAAACCAAUAACCAAAAUGAUCCAAAUCAAGCCGGUCCAAGUGGCUCAAAGAAUUGAAACUAUUUCAUUCCCUGGCUAUUUCGCAUGUUGCUGCCGCCUGAUCCAUAUUUUUUUUAUAAUGGUCUUUCUUAGUUGUUUCAAUGAAUUUUGAUGAAUUGUGUAGUUAGACACUACAUUCAAUGUCAUCUAAAUAAUGUCGUCUUAGGUGGUU